AUGAAAGUCCCCUCGGAGGCGCGGGACAAGGUCCCUCAGGACAAACCUGGAAGAAACGAGUCUCGACAGCUUUGCUCCGGUACAGCACCAUGCGACAACUGCCGUGCCUUCAACCGCGUCUGCAUAUUCGAUGAAUCCCUCGACCAGCGCCGCCGCGUCGCUGCCAAGCGCACAGCCGACGAACUCACCUACCACCGCGAGAUGCUGAAUGACCUCUUCAGACUCAUCCGCACAGCCGACGAGGCACAGGCCCUGCGGUUGUUGGAUAUUAUUCGCCACAAUGCACCACCCGAAGAGAUUCGGUCGUAUAUCAACGAAACCCUCAACGGCCUCGACUUGGCGUCGGACAAAGUAAGCCAGGAGACUGUCAACAAGCUCGAGGAUGUGCGUCGCAUGAUCAAUGUCGAAGGCGCUGGCCCGGCCUUUCGGAGAAAGGUUAUGGAUAUCCAUUACCUCUGCGAUGAGGCAACUUGCAAGGUCCCUGCGAGGCCGUGGACGACUGUGACGGAGGAUAAUGAUCUCGUCUCCCAUCUUGUCUCGCUUUAUUUCACGUGGGAUUAUCCUUUUCAUGCGUUUUUGGAUGCGGAAGUUUUUAUUCGCCAUAUGGCUCGUGGGGAGUUGAGGUCUGAGUUCUGUACGCCGUUUCUGGUGAAUGCCGUUUUGAGUAAUGCCUGUGGGGUUGAUUUCCUCGCUGAGGCGGAGCGGUUGAAGGAGGAGAUGCCGGCUCAGCCUAGCUUGGCUGCUUUGCAGGGGACGCUUCUUAUGUAUGAACGAUACUCGAUGUCUCGGAAUGAUGACCUGGGGUAUAUAAUGCUGCAUGAUGCCAUUCGAAUGGGUGAAGCCUUGGGCUUGGUUGGUGAUAAAGGCCCAAGGCUCACAUCCGAGCAAUUGUCGCCAGACAUGGACGUGUCGCGCAGAAGGACAGCAUGGGGCCUAUUCGGGGUCGACACGUAG